UGCCUGCAGUGCACAGGAAAGCAAACUACAGACAGAAGAAGGCUUCCAUUUGCUGCGGACACAUGGAACUGAGGUGAAACUGCUUCAUGAUUUUACACAUUUCAUAAAGUUCAAGAAACGGGACUCAGGUCAUCAAAAUGAAAGCCUUCAUCUUUGCAGCUGCUGGCCUCCUGCUUCUGUUGCCCACUUGUCAGAGUGGCAUGGAAAAUGAUACAAACAACUUGGCAAAGCCUAUCUUAUCUGUUAAGACCUUUCGUGGAGCUCCCCCAGAUUCUUUUGAAGAGUUCCCUUCUUCUGCCUUAGAAGGCUGGACUGGACCCACCAUUACUGUAAGAAUUAAGUGCCCUGAAGAAAGUGCUUCACAUCUCCAUGUGAAAAAUGCUACUAUGGGGUACCUCACCAGCUCCUUAAGUACCAAACUGAUACCUGCUGUCUACCUCCUGGUGUUUGUAGUUGGUGUGCCAGCCAAUGCUGUGACCCUGUGGAUGCUUUUCUUCAGGACCAGAUCCAUCUGUAUGACUGUAUUCUACACCAACCUGGCCAUUGCAGAUUUUCUUUUUUGUAUCACAUUGCCCUUUAAGAUAGCUUACCAUCUUAAUGGGAACAACUGGAUAUUUGGAGAGGUCCUGUGCCGGGCCACCACGGUCAUCUUCUACGGCAACAUGUACUGCUCCAUUCUGCUCCUUGCCUGUAUCAGCAUCAGCCGCUAUCUGGCCAUUGUCCAUCCUUUCACCUACCGGGGCCUGCCCAAGCACACCUAUGCCUUGCUAACAUGUGGACUGGUGUGGGCAAUAGUUUUCUUAUAUAUGUUGCCAUUUUUCAUCCUGAAGCAGGAAUAUUAUCUUGUUCAGCCAGACAUCACCACCUGCCAUGAUGUUCACAACACAUGCGAGUCCUCGUCUCCCUUCCAACUCUACUACUUCAACUCCUUGGCGUUCUUUGGAUUCUUAAUUCCAUUUGUGGUUAUCAUCUACUGCUACACAGCCAUCAUCCGGACACUCAAUGCAUACGAUCAUAGAUGGCUGUGGUAUGUUAAGGUGACUCUCCUCAUCCUUGCGAUUUUUACCAUUUGUUUUGCUCCAAGCAAUUUUAUGCUUAUUAUUCACCAUGCCAACUACUACAACAACAAUACUGAUGGCUUCUAUUUUAUAUAUCUCAUAGCUUUGUGCCUGGGCAGCCUGAAUAGUUGCUUAGAUCCAUUCCUUUAUUUUCUCAUGUCAAAAAUCAGAAAUCACUCCACUGCUUACCGUACAAAAUGCUGAAACCAUCUUAGAGAACAAGGACAGCCAUCACAGAGAAUGUCUGUUUUCACAGACAUCUGUUUUCAUGGACAACAUAUGCAUAGUGCAAGGAGCUCCAUUUCUGAGCUCCUAAGAAAUAUGCUUCAAGGAUCAAACAUUACAAAAGCAUCAGUAAUUUUUUUUUUUUUUUUAGACUGAGUCUCCUCUAUUGCCCAGACUAAGUGCAGUGGUACUAUCUUGGCUCAUGGCAAUCUCUGCCUCCUGGGUCAGCCUCCCAAGUAGCUGGGAUUACAGACAUACAUGCCCAGCUAAUUUUUUUAUUUUUAUUAGAGACAGGGUGUCAUCAUGUUGGCCAGGCUGCUCUCAAACUCCUGACCUCAAGUGAUCCGCCUGCCUUGGCCUCCCAAAGUGCUGGGAUUAGAGGUGUGAACCACCAUGCUGACCAGUAUUAUUUUUAAAAACACUUUAUCAGUAUUUUUUAAAUGUUAAUACAGGAGAAAAGAUAUCACAACUCUUUGUGGAAAACGACAUUUCCAUUUGCCUUAUUGCAACUUCAGGCUCUUUCAUUCUCCAUCUUCCCUGUUUCUGUGAGUGGUAUUGCCAUCCUUGAAAUCUGACAUCAUUUUUUAUUCUUUGAUCUCUUUUGAGUCUCAUGCUGAUGGCUGCCUCAUCAACUGGCUGUAUCUUUGCAGGGUCCCUCACCAGGAUCCUUUAUCUAGUUCCAC